AUGAUGAAUAAUUCACUCGAAUUUAUCUGCAUGCUUCCGGAAACGGUAUUCUGUGUCAAUCACUUGCUCAGCGAUGGCGGCUACCAGCUACGCGUUGUUUACGCAUCGACAAAUAAUGCUACUGAAUUUACACUGCCUAUGGUUGUGGAGAAACGAAAUUUGAUCACCAAUUUGCUUACCGUUUGUUGCGUUGAAUCCGUUACUAAAACUUGCAAAAAUCUAUGA